AUGCUACGCCAGCCAGUUCCUGAACUGCGCAGUUUUCAGUCCCUCUCGAAGUAUGCAGGCGGACCUAGGUUAGUUUGUGUCAAUUAUUGUAGGUCUACUGUAUUUAUUGCCAAUUUUCAGAUCAGUUCUCGGGCGGAGAACAUCAGCAAUCACAGUCAAUCGGAGACAAUCCCAAUCAAUUCGCAAGCAUGAUGAUAUUGAGGUAGAUGUGAUUGCAAAAUAAGAAUACCUGGGGAAUAGUAGAAUUUGAAAACAAUCGGAUUCCAUUCCAUUUAUCAGUAUGUUAUUAUGUUUUCCUUUUUUCCGUUUGUCUCCCAAGACCAGAGUGAUUUUUUUUAACUUUGGGCCGGACUUGCAAUAAUGUUCCGUAGUCAGAACCGGGCUGAAGGGGCUGAAUUUUUGCAAUUCUGUUCAAAACACAACGGAAUUUUCAAAAAACAUUUGUGAAAUUCGAGAUGAAAGUGCGAGAAUUUAGUGCAACUCAACUUGCUCAUUUCUUCACUUUUCCCACACAAAUCUCAGAAUCACAAGCGGAACGAGAGAAUCGUUUUCGACAUCUCUUUCCUUUUUUCGCUUUUUUAAAAGACGUUGGUACUUACUUAGCGAGGUCCGCUUGGAAACAAGGAUCAAAGAGGAAGAAGAAGAAGAAGAAAAAGGAAACGAGCGAAGAGCACCUUAGGUCGUUGGUUGCACCCACAUAAAUCGUGGCAUGUAACAUCUCCCGACUCGUCCCCUCACUUCUUCUUCCUCUUCCCGAUCCCCCUUUCUCCCCCAUCCGAUUUUAUUAAUUCGUGAAGACAACCUGACUGAUUCACUCGUUUUCUUUGUUGGGCCGAGUUGACAAACCAAUUUCACGGGAAGCCGCACAUGAGCACCCCCAUAACUUGAUCGUUGCUCGGAUCCUUUGCGGAGCAAGUGUCUAUGCCUGAGUAUCAUCCGAGUUUUGCCAAGGAAUGUACCUUCUUUUCCUCUCCCGCCGAGUACAUCAUUUUGCGCCUCGGAAAUAGAUGGGAUAGACAGACAUUCUUCUUUCCCUGAAAAAAGCCGGAGAAGAGAAUGUCGUGUUAUCCAUGGAGGGACACAGAGACACUCACUUUAAAUAGAUUGAUUUUUUAUGACACAUAUGCUCUCGUAUACUUUUUUGUUGCUUAUAUCCCAUUUUUUCAGGCACUCGGCUCUAUCGAAGGCUCCAAAGAAACUCUGCAGCUGUCGGAACACGGACGAGUAAGUUCUAGUUCCAACCAUUCCUAUUCUCUGAACUAUUUUCAGUUGGCCUCCUCGUCGGAGGCCUCCCCAUCUAGGUGGGAAGGCCGACAAAUCGAGUGGGGCAAUGAAGAUCAGAUUGAAGAAGAAAACGAGUUGCCGUAUCCGGGGUAAGCCCAUUUUCGCAUUGGUUUCUAGAGAAAACGUUGUCCGGUUUCAAGGUUUGCCGAACCGGCACUUCGAUGUCUUUACCAAGCCCGACCCCCGAGGAAAUGGGCACUUCAGAUGGUGAUGAGUCCGUGGUUCGACCGGAUAACAAUGGCGGUGAUCAUGAUAAACUGCGUGACGCUGGGCAUGUACAGGCCUUGUGAAGACGGUCCCGAUUGCAACACGUAUCGGUGUCAAAUCCUCGACAUUAUCGAUAAUUGCAUAUUCGUUUAUUUCGCAAUCGAGAUGGUAACCUGCCGGAAACUCGUUUGACAUGUUCAGAGACCAACUUUUUUUCAGGUCAUAAAGAUAAUGGCGCUCGGCUUCACCGGUCCCGCCGCUUAUAUGUCGGAUACGUGGAAUCGUUUAGACUUUUUCAUUGUCAUGGCAGGGUAAGUUGAGGAUGAGUGAAGGAUGAUGGGAUGGGAAAAUGCCGGGGCGGAAUACCUAAUCGCUUGUCCACCAACACUGCUCCUUGUUUUCGCUCGCUUCCUCUUCACAGAGGAAAAAAGACGGCGGACGAGAAAGAGAAGAGAAGGGAUCAUCGUAUCUUGUUCAGAAUUGCCGAGUUCAUACUACACGAGUACCUGGGAGGAAACAUCAACUUGACAGCAAUCAGGACGGUGCGAGUGCUAAGACCACUGAGAGCAGUCAACCGGAUACCAUCAAUGAGAAUUCUAGGUCUGUAAUGAAAAAGAGGGAAAUGGUUGAAUGCCUCAUCUUUUUUCCAGUCAACUUGCUACUUGACACAUUGCCCAUGCUCGGUAAUGUGCUGUUACUCUGUUUUUUCGUUUUCUUCAUCUUUGGAAUUGUUGGUGUUCAGUUAUGGGCGGGUCUUCUACGGUAUGAAUGAAUCAGUUCUCGAUUUGAACAAAAUGAUCAUUUUCAGAAACCGAUGUGUCAUAAAUUUACCAAAGUCAAUAUCUGAAAAUCAGUCGACACUGUUCAACAAUGUAAAACUUACAAGGCAAAUCAAGCACCGUACCCACAAAGUUUAAAGUGAGCCGUUUAGGUUCUACAUUCCGGAAGACACAUCGCUAGAAUACAUUUGUAGUCAACCGGACGCCAACGGGUUACACACGUGCUCAAAUCUGCCACCUUACACUGUCAAUGGAGUGAAGUAUGUCUCCAUAACUGAUAUUAUAGUUCCACUAGUUAUGAUUGAUCAACUUUCAGAUGUAACCUAACGAUAGACGAAUAUGACAAAGUAACAAACGAGUCAUGUAUUAAUUGGAAUAUUUAUUACAACGAAUGUCAGGUACGUUCCCGAUCAGAUCUACAAAUAUUAUGACCUACCUUUCAGGUAAUGCAACGAAAUCCAUUUCAAGGAUCGGUUUCUUUCGACAACAUUGGUUUUGCAUGGGUCGCCAUUUUUCUGGUAAGUUUUUGAAAUAUAUAUUUUGAUUGUUUUAUAGUUAACUACAUCAGGUCAUAUCACUCGAGGGUUGGACUGACAUUAUGUAUUACGUCCAGGAUGCCCACUCUUUUUGGAAUUGGAUCUAUUUCGUUUUGCUCAUUGUCGUAAGUGAUCAUUUAGAAACAACGUGUCAUAAUUCAUUAUCAGAUUGGCGCGUUUUUCAUGAUCAAUCUGUGCCUUGUCGUCAUUGCCACACAAUUCGCCGAAACAAAAAGGAGAGAGACCGAACGGAUGUUGCAGGAACGGAAAAGGUUACAGAAUCGUGAUUCCAUUUGUGAGUUUUGAGAUUUUUAAACUUUAUCGAAAAAUUAAUAUUUUUACAGCUUGCACUGGUAGUGAAAUCGGUGGAACAUCAUCGAAAGAAGAAGGAGACACCGUUUACGCCGCUAUUGUACGAUUCAUUGGACACACUUUUCGAAGAACAAAGCGAGCUGCAAAAAAAGUGAGUCGGAAAGGACCGGUUGUUCAUUAACUUCAAUUUUUUAUUUCAGAAGUACACGGCUUACAUGGAAGAACGUGCAGAAAGGAAGCAUUCGGAGAGGAAUCAGAGAAGAAAGUCGAAACUUGAUGACAUGGCAACACUGUCGAGGAUAGAAGAAAAAGCGGAGGAUGAAGAAGGUGAGUUCUUACUACAAACUAGGCCGAACACCGAUUUCUUCAUUCAGAUGAAUCGACAAUGAACCGUGAAAUUGAAGAAGACGAGCGGAUUGAGAAUAACGGAGAUGGGACAAGAAUAAAACGAGUGAAAAUUGAGGAAGAGCCACGAGUGAAAAUCGGAAACGGCAAUUCCAACGGACCACACUACAAACACAAAAGUGACAAUGAGGAGUCAGAUGAGGAGGAUGAGAAAGACGACGAUUGGGACCGAGAAGAGCUCGAGAGGAAGAGGAAGAGGAAACCGUCGAAACUUUGGUGGUUUCGUGAGAAAAUUCGGAAAUUCGUCGUCUGCGAUCAUUUCACGAGAGGCAUUCUGGUGGCGAUUCUGGUGAACACUCUGAGUAUGGGAGUCGAGUAUCAUCAACAACCUGAGAUUUUGACUGUCAUAUUGGAAUACUCAAAUCUCUUUUUCACGGCUCUGUUUGCAUUGGAAAUGCUUUUGAAGAUUAUCGCUAGCGGAUUUUUUGGUUAUCUCUCCGAUGGGUUCAAUCUUUUCGAUGGUGGUAUUGUCGCUUUGAGGUAUACAACUGAAAUACAUUUUUUUUUUUCAAAAUUUUUGUUAUUUCCAGUGUCCUCGAGUUGUUUCAAGAAGGAAAAGGUGGUUUGUCGGUUCUCCGCACCUUUCGCCUCCUUCGUAUUCUGAAACUUGUCCGAUUCAUGCCUGCUCUUCGAUAUCAACUUGUCGUCAUGCUCCGAACAAUGGACAACGUCACUGUGUUCUUUGGACUCUUAGUCCUUUUCAUCUUCAUCUUCAGGUAUGACCCGUUUUUCUACAAAUUUUUGACAUUUUCUUAUCACUACCCACUUCUACUUUAAUAUGAAAACCCAUCCAUUAACAUUUUCCAGCAUCCUUGGAAUGAACCUGUUUGGUUGCAAGUUUUGCAAAGUCGAAGAGAAAUUUCUCGGCGGUCUUGCAAAAAAGUGUGAACGAAAAAACUUCGAUACACUCCUCUGGGCCUUAAUCACGGUGUUUCAGGUAAGAAACUGGUAAAAAACUGGAUGCAUGAUUGUGUUGAAUGUUUUUGUUGUUUUGUAAAUGUGGUGUACCAGUAUUUCAGUACUCUUGGAAUGGUACUGUUUGGAUGCAAGUUCUGCAAUCAUCCGGACACCGGUCUCCAGUGUACCAUUCCUCAAGUGAACUCGCAAAUUUGUGAAUGUGAUCGGAUGAACUUUGAUACGUUCUUGUUUGCAACAGUGACAGUGUUUCAGGUAAUUUAUGUUGUUAUUCGUUGUGUUAAACUGAGAUCGUGUUUGCGUAUUCAUAGUCCUCCAACAUUUUAUUGUCAUCCGUUCAGAUUCUGACUCAAGAAGACUGGAACAUGGUGCUUUUCAAUGGAAUGGCACAGACCAAUCCGUGGGCAGCGCUCUACUUUGUUGCCCUCAUGACCUUUGGUAACUACGUUCUGUUCAAUUUGCUUGUUGCCAUCUUGGUCGAAGGUUUUCAAGAGAGCAAAGAAGAGGAAAAACGGCAAUUGGUGAGUGAACGAUGUAAUUGCGGUCGCAUAAACGCUCGUUUCAGGAAGAGGAAGCCCGAAAGCAAGCGUAUGAAGAAGAGGAUGUCAGAAAAAGGGAACUGGAACUGUUGAUCGCAAAAACAGCCUCGCCAGCAUUCACGAAUGGUGUUCCACCGGCGGAAUGCACUUGUCAACGUCCGUCUUCGCCCGACGAAACGCCCGCUCCUCGGUUACUUUCGGUCAACUACAUGUCCUCUCCGGAAAGAAAACACUCUGUCAAUCUGGAUGCGAUCAUAGACAGAAGACUUGUUCCACGAAACUCUGCUCCGUUUGACCGAUCACCAAUGUCAGAGGGAAGAGAUGACUCGAGACUGAACAGGCACGCAUCGCUCGUCCUGCCGGUAGCCAAUGGAGUCCCGUACCGCAGACAGAGAGUUCACAGUUGGAGCGGAUUAUGUCAUCAUUUCAACCCGAACUGUCCGGUGCACGGAAGGAAAGCUCUGAUCGAAACCUACGCAAGGGAGAAGUUUCUCGAGGCUAGUCAAGAACUGAAACAAGCAUUGGCCGAAGAAGAACGAAGGAAUGAAGCGAAGCAGAAUACCUUCGUUAGGAAACUCCUCAAGAAGACAUGCCUCCACAACCGAACCGAAUACUCACUUUUUCUAAUGGGACCCAAGAACCCGUUGCGUAUCAAGUGCCUGCAGACAACUCAAAAGAAAUGGUUCGACUACACAAUCCUCUUCUUCAUUGGCAUUAAUUGUAUCACUCUGGCUAUGGAACGACCGUCUAUCCCUCCUGAAAGUGUGGAAAGGCGAUUUCUUCAAAUAUCUGGCUACGUUUUCACCGUUAUCUUUACCGGAGAAAUGAUGAUGAAGGUGCGCAAGCAAAAUGACAUCAGACUAUACAAAAAAUAUGCUUUUUUAGGUGAUUGCCAAUGGAUGUUUCAUUGGACAUUCGGCGUAUUUCAAAGAUGGUUGGAACAUUCUUGAUGGAAUAUUGGUCGUGAUAUCUCUGAUCAAUGUGAUGUUUGAGCUGGUUGCAACUGGAGACUCGCCGAAAAUCUUUGGAGUUAUCAGGGUUCUCAGGUUACUUCGAGCACUUCGCCCUCUGAGAGUUAUUAACAGGGCUCCAGGAGUGAAGUUGGUGGUUAUGACAUUGAUAUCCAGGUGCCAAAGUUGACCAAUAAGCUGAACUCACAUCAGAAUUUCAGUUUGAAACCCAUCGGAAACAUUGUGCUCAUCUGCUGCACAUUCUUCAUCAUUUUCGGCAUAUUGGGAGUUCAGCUAUUCAAAGGAAUGAUGUACCACUGCAUCGGACCCGAAGUCAGCAAUGUGACCACAAAAAUCGACUGUUUAGAUGACAGCAGGAACAAAUGGGUCAACCAUCGUUAUAAUUUCGACAAUCUCGGACAAGCUCUCAUGUCGCUAUUCGUGCUUUCCAGUAAAGACGGAUGGGUGUCUAUCAUGUACCAAGGAAUCGAUGCGGUCGGAGUUGAUGUUCAGCCUAUUGAGAACUACAACGAAUGGAGGAUGAUCUACUUCAUUUCAUUUCUUCUGCUUGUCGGUUUCUUCGUGCUCAACAUGUUCGUCGGAGUCGUUGUGGAAAACUUCCAUAAGUGUAAAGAAGCAUUGGAACGAGAGAUGAGAGAGAAAGAGAAAGAAAAGAGGCUAAAACGAAAACUGAAGCGUCAGAAGUUUGAAGAGAGUAUGGCUGGAAAACAGAAGAAAAGUAAGUGCUCCUCCGAACGGGUUCCCUUCCUCCCCUGACCCCCUAACGUUGCUUUCUGGAUUGUUGACACUUCUCAUCAUUCCUCAGUUGUGCACGCAUUAAUACCCUCCCACCUCUUUUGGUGUGUCUCACUAACAACACAAAUCUCUGUUUUAGAUCGAAUCGUGUGGGCGGGUUCCGCAAUUAAAUCGCUUUUUUCAGUGGAACGGAAUUAUCCGUAUUACCAUGAUUACGGUCAUACCAGACUUUUCUUACACGGUAUUGUCACUUCCAAGUAUUUCGAUCUCGCCAUUGCUGCAGUUAUUGGUAGGAUAAAGCCGGCAACUAUCGAUUUGAAAAAAAACGUUUUGUUUUCAGGAAUAAAUGUAAUUUCCAUGGCCAUGGAGUUUUAUAUGAUGCCAAUGGGGUUGAAAUACGUGCUGAAGGCUCUCAACUACUUCUUCACUGCCGUAUUCACUCUGGAAGCGGCAAUGAAGUUGAUCGCUCUGGGAUUCAAACGUUUUUUCAUUGAAAAGUGGAACCGACUGGAUAUGUUCAUCGUGAUUCUCUCGAUCGCCGGAAUCAUUUUUGAAGAGUUCGAAGCACUUGAACUUCCCAUCAACCCCACAAUCAUCCGUGUCAUGAGGGUUUUGAGAAUUGCGAGAGUGCUGAAAUUACUCAAAAUGGCCAAAGGAAUCCGAUCUCUGCUGGAUACAGUUGGAGAAGCCCUACCACAGGUUUCCAGUUGACUUUUGACAAUUGAAAAUUAACGGAUUUCAGGUUGGUAACUUGGGCUCACUUUUCUUCCUUCUGUUCUUCAUCUUUGCUGCUCUUGGUGUUGAACUCUUUGGAAAACUGGAAUGCUCGGAAGAUCAUCCGUGCGACGGAUUAGGAGAACACGCGCAUUUCAAAAACUUUGGAAUGGCGUUUUUGACACUUUUCCGAAUAGCAACGGGUGACAAUUGGAAUGGAAUCAUGAAAGUGCGUGAAAGAAACAAACUUCAGCACUGGUAAAUUGUUGUUUUAGGAUGCUCUUCGAGACGACUGCGAUUCCUCGGAUCACUGUGAAACAAACUGCUGUGUUGAUCCAAUUCUGGCCCCAUGCUUCUUUGUUAUUUUCGUUUUGAUCUCUCAAUUCGUGCUCGUCAACGUGGUAGUCGCAGUCUUGAUGAAGCAUUUGGAGGAAAGCAAUAAGAGAGAUGCGGAAGGACCUGCUGAAGCUACGGGUAAGACACAUGUGACGAAAUGAGUUUUGAUUUCUGAUCAGAGAAUAAUAUCAUUAUCAAAUAGUCUAUCUUAUCAUUCCGUCUAGUCCUAUCCUAUUCUAUCAAAUCUUAUUGGCGUUUGAAUUGGCAUUUUGAAGGUGAAAACAUCGAGAACGAGAUCACAAAGUCCGAUGACGAAGGAAUUGCGGAAGAACCAGAGCCGCUUGCCAUUGAAAACGGCGAGAAUGACGAAGAGGCGACUGAAAUUCCAGACGGACACGGUGGUAUCAAACGGUUAUCUAUGCAGGUACAUCGUCAAACUAAUUGGUUUGUAUACAAAGCGUUUGACUUUUGAAGGUAUUGGAACAAGAAUUGAUCGAAGUUGAACGCAAUAUCGAGGAAAGAAUACGACGGGCGAGCGAGUGUCUCGGAGAACUACAACCACUAAAUCAGGGAGAUAUUGAAGAUCUGGACGAUCCUGAUUUCAGACCACGGAGUUCUUCACACAGAUCGCGUGCAAGGUGAAAUUUUUUGCCGUUUUCAGUCUCACAUCGUACUCUUUUUGUAGAACGAAUAGUGCUUUGAGCAAUAAGAGCCGUGGAUCGCACAAAUCCGUCGCGUAG